UGACGGUUCAAAAAAAAAAGUAAAGUAAUGUUGACCUUUCCUCUCCUCGAAGAAUAGAAACAGUCGGACCGUUCAAACUCGGUCGGCGCUGCUGGUUAUGCCAGGACAUCAAGAAAACAACUCCCUAUAUUAACGAACCCUUCAAGUAAACUGCAAGGAUUACGUAAAAGUGUUCGAGGUUCAGUUUCGAACGGUGUUGUGUUUAUCCAGAAAGCUACGUAUUUCAAGAUGUCUAGAAGUGUAAAAACAACUCCAGUUGGUAUUGAUCUUGGAACCACAUACUCGUGUGUUGCUGUCUGGUUUGAUCAACACAACCGUGUUGAGAUCCUUCCUAAUGAACAGGGAAACAAAAUCACCCCAUCAUGUGUGGCUUCUAACGACACUGAAUUUUUAGUAGGUGAGGGUGCCAAAAAUCAAAUCACCAGGAACCCCACUAACACUGUGUUUGAUGUUAAGCGUCUAAUGGGACGCCGAUUCAGCGAUGUCAAAUUGCAGAAAGACAUACAAUCAUUGCCUAUUAAGGUUGUUGAAGGACCUACUGAUAAGCCAAUGAUUGUACUUGAACACAUGGGUAUCAACAAGGAAUUUUCGCCUGAAGAAAUAUCUUCAAUGAUUCUAAAGAAGUUGAAAGAAGCUGCUGAGGCAUACCUCGGAACACCAGUUAUAGAUGCGGUGAUUACUGUUCCUGCGUAUUUCAGCGACAAGCAACGACAAGCAACGAAGGAUGCCGGUACACUGGCUGGUCUCAAUGUCAUGCGCUUGAUCAGUGAGCCCACAUCCGCUGCCAUUGCAUACGGCCUAGACAAGAUGUCAGACCCAAACCACCCUGAACAUAAAAAUGUAUUGGUCUUUGAUUUAGGUGGAGGGACAUUCGAUAUGUCACUUCUCACUAUCAGCAGGGAUGGAGCCAUAAGUGUUAAAGCAGUGGGUGGUGACACUCGUCUGGGUGGAGAGGAUUUUGACAAGGCAAUGGUUGAUUAUUGUGUACAAGAGUUUAAUAAAAAGCAAAAUAAAAAUAUCAGUAAAAAUGUAAAAGCAUUGGGGAGAUUGAAAGUUGCUUGUGAAAAAGCUAAGAGGGAUCUUUCUUCAACAACUGUAACUUCAAUUGACAUUGACUGCUUCUAUGAUGGAACUGAUUUUUCCAUAAAGGUCACCCGGGCAAAAUUUGAGAUGCUGAAUGCUGGUUUUUUUGAGAAGUGCAUUGAGAAUGUUGAAAAUUGUUUAAGAGAUGGGAAUAUGCACAAACAUAAUGUCGAUGAUAUUGUUCUUGUUGGUGGGUCGACUAGGAUUCCCAAGGUGCAACAAUUGUUGAGAGAAUUUUUUGAUGGGAAAUCACUUUGCAAAACCAUUAAUGCGGAUGAAGCUGUUGCUUAUGGUGCAGCGGUGUUGGCUGCAAACUUAAGUGGUAAUGGCAAUAAAGCCGUGAAGGAUAUGACACUUUUGGAUGUGACUCCUUUGUCCCUUGGUAUCAAAAGCCAGGGAAGAUAUAUGAGAAUCAUGAUUCCAAGGAACACACCGAUACCCGCCAUGAAGGAGGAAAACCGUUAUACAAUGUAUGACAACCAGGUACGCAUGAAGGUUGCUGUAGUGUAUCAAGGUGAGUGCGAUGAAACUAAAGACAACAUCUUCCUUGAUGAAUUUAAUCUUCAUGAUGUUCCACCAGCUCCUAAAGGUACAGAAGGAAUGAAGGUUCGAUUAAGCAUAGAUUCUAAUGGUAUUCUUGAUGUCUCAGCUGAGUUGUUAUCAACUGGUAAUAAAAGAAGCAUAGUAAUCGCUGGGAGUGGAAAUGUGUCCAAGGAUGACAUAGAGAAAAUGCUGAAAAAGGUUGAGCUGUGAAAUCAUAUAUUAUAAUUAGCAUGAGAUGAUUAAAAAAGAGCAUUGUUAAUGUUUUGCUUUCAACAAGUUUGUCUUCAAUUCCAAAUUCAAUCAUGUGAGGAUUAUGGUUUUGUGAAAUUGGAAACUUUUUAGGAGCCAGGUUUCAUUUUUGUAAUCAAGGUUAUGUUGUUUACAUAA